AUGUCAUCCAUUGAAAAACUUCAGAUUCUGGGAAUUCGCUCGUUCAGUCCCAUUACCCCCGUUGUCAUGCGGUUUCAAACACCACUUACCGUGAUAGUAGGGCCAAAUGGAGCGGGAAAGACAACUAUUAUAGAGUGUCUAAAGUAUGCGACUACGGGCGAUAUGCCGACGGGUACUCGCAUCGGCGGUGCCUUUGUCCACGAUCCGAGGUUAAUUCAAGAACACGAGGUAAAGGGACAAGUCAAAUUAAAGCUAACCAGCAUCAAAAACGUAAAGUUACUUGUUGCGAGAUCCUUGCAGGUAAAGGUGACGGGCGUAAAGGUGACAUGCACAACCCUCGAGGCUCUGCUGUCAACAGAAGAUCCAGAGACAAAGGAGAGAGUGAGCAUUACCACACGCUGUGCCGACCUUGAUAAUGAGAUACCUUUGCAUCUCGGGGUUUCCAAGGCCAUCCUCGAUAACGUAAUUUUUUGUCAUCAAGAGGAGUCCAAUUGGCCCAUGUCCGAACCAAGCGUCUUGAAAAAGAAAUUUGAUGAAAUAUUUUCCGCGACCAGAUAUACUAAAGCCCUGGCGAACAUCGCGGAUUUGCGUAAACAUCAGGCUCAACUUCUUAGGGAGGAUAAGAUCAUGCUAGAGCAAUUUAAAAGAGAAAAGGAUAGAGCUGACAACAUUGAGAUAACGUUGGAGGAUGAUCAAAGGAAAGCUGAUGAGAUAAAAACAAAAAGGGACACUCUUGAUGAACAAAUAGACAAAAAUGGUAAGGAAAUUGAAGAACUGGUGAUAACAGUUAGGGAAUACGACAAGAUAAAAACCGAAGUCGAGGUGUUGCAAAGAGAAAGGCAGGUCAUGGUUUCAACGAAAGACGAGUUAGUGGACAACAUGCGCGAAAUGCAUGAAUCGGACGAAGAAUUAAUGAGAAUCAAAGAUGAAUAUAGGGGUAGAUUAACUUUGCAUCAAGGAGAAAAGCAGACAAUUUUGAUCCAAAAAAAUCAAAUUCUACCUGAACUACAAAAGCUUAGCGCAAGUCUUAACGAGAGCUUGAUCGAAAAAGGAAGACUCGAAGCCGAGCAGAGCGUUAACGAGAAGAUGAUCGAAGAGCUCGAAAAAUUGGUUCGGGAAAUCAGUCGGACAUACCAAUUUAGAACGCUCACGGCCGCACCAUUGACCAAUCAGAAUUUGCAAAAGUUCAAGAUAUCGUUCCAGGAUGAAAUAAACGAGAAGGAUCGGUUAUUUAUCAGACAGAGGGAGCAAUCGCAGCAGAAAGAGGACGAACUGAAUGCUCAGCUGAAUCGCCUGAAUUCCGAGAUCAAUUCGCUCAAGCACUUGAGGCAAAGUUCAAAGUCCACCGUUGAUAGCAAGCGACAGAAGAAAAUCAGGCUCGUUGAAGAGCUCGGUAGCCAAAAGGUUUCAGAAGCAGAUGUCUCUAUCCUCAGCAACCAGCUGGAUGAAGAGGAGGCCUCUUUGAAAAAGUUAAAAUCAAGCAUCGAGAAUGACGAAACUAGUAAGAAAUGUAUGUCAAGGUUAAAUGAUCUCCGAGAUGUUGACCACAAGAUCAGCAACAUAGACGAGGAGAUUUCAAGUGUGACUCAUCAGGCUAGCGCGAGGGCCAGACUGGACUUGCAGAGAUCAAACCGACUUGAGAAAACUAACGAGUUACAAUCAUUGUUGACCUCGCACCGAGAUGAUUUCAGUAAUAUCCUGGGUCAGGAGCCGUGCAUCGACACACUUGACCAGGAUAUGCAGAAGAUUUUACGAAGUAAGGAGCACGAACUCAGACAGAUGGAGUCUGAGGAUGAAAAAAUUAAGCGCGAAUUGUCCAAUAUAGAUGGAAGAUUACAGAUGUUGCAAUCCACCAGACAAAAGAAGCUUCAGGAGAAUCACGAAAGCCGUCAGCAAUUGAGUGAGGUCUGUGGAGAUAGGGAUUUACCUGAUGUCAUAAAGAAAGUUGAAGAAGAACUGACCGACCUCCGAGAUCUUCACUCAAGCUUUGCGAACCAUGCGGACUUAUAUAAAACAUUUAUCGGCGUGUCGCAGAAAAAACAUAAUUGUCCUUUAUGUCACAGGGCGUUUGGCAGUAUGGAAGAAUUAAGUAAGUUUCAGCAGAAAUUGCAAGAAUAUAUUUCCGACAAGAUUCCAGACAAAUUAUCUACCGCGGGAAGUGACAUCCUUGAUGCCGAAGCACGCCUGAGUCGUCUGAGAAAUCUGCAGUCUGCUUGGAUAACUAUCAAUAAUUUACAAAGCCAAAUACCCGAACUAGAUAGGCAGAUUGAGGAACUUCAGGACGAGAAGGUCGGCAUGGAAUCGAUUUUGGAGGAUGUAUAUCUCAAUGUCGUUGGGAUCAAAAGUGAGAUUGAUCACAUGAAGAAGUUGGGCAAGGAUGUCGAAAACAUUGCUCGCCUUUAUAAAGAGAUUACGGCGAUCGACACCGACAUUAAUAAUCUUCAGCAAGAAUUGAGUUUAUCCGGUUCGACAAAGUCAUUAGAUGAUUUGACGGGGGAACGUGACCUGUUACAAAUUGAAGCGCGAAGAAUUAGGAGGGACAUUGACAAUCUCAAUAAAGUUAAAGAUGUACGAUCGCUUGAGCUGACCACGCGUCAGGACAAGGUUCACCGUCUAUACUUCCAGCUGCAAGAACAGAAGAACAAUUUGGCAGCACGCUCACGUAUGCAAAAUGAUAUUAACGAGUUAGACGAGGAGAUAAGGACCCAAGAAAAUUCGAUCAGAACGUUGGAUUCAAAAAUGUCCGAGUUAAGUCCCAAGAUUCGGGUGAUCGAGGAAGAACUGCGAAAUUUCCGGCAGAAAAAAAUUGACGCCGAGAAUUCAUCGAUGCGCGACCUCAACGAAAUGAAAAAGUUCUUUGAACGAUUUUGCGAAAUCGAGCGUGCUAUCGAGACAUAUAAUUCAAACCACGGGGAACAGAAGUUGGCAUCUUGCAUGGAGCGCAUAGAAAAGAUCAACCAGCAGAUCACCGAAAAAAAGCUAUCAAUGGGGAGGCUGGAGAAGCAAAUACAAUUUUUAGAGAAGGAAACGUCUGAAAUUCGCGAGGUCGAGCGGGAUAUUUCGGAUAACCUCAGAUACCGACAAUGUCAGGGUAGACUCAACGAUCUUGAUACCCAGAUCGCCCAGUUGAACGAUAAAAUCCAAACGCUCGGCACGUCAUCGAAUUAUCGAGAGCGUUUGGGCGAGUUGCAACGAAUUCAAUCAAAUUUUUUAUCUAACAAGGCAACGUUAGAUGGAGAGAUUAAACAGUUGGAGGAAACCAUUCGAAGGGCGACAUUUCAAUUGAACACCGAGUACAAGAACGCGAAGGAGAAAUACCGAGAAAAAUUUAUCGAGGUCAAGACCAGUGAAAUGGGUAUCAAAGAUCUUGAGAAAUACUGGAAGGCCCUUGAUAACGCCAUCAUGCAUUAUCACUCGUUGAAGAUGGAGGAGAUCAACUCGAUAAUUGCCGAGUUGUGGAUUGAAACGUAUCGGGGCUCUGACAUCGAUUACAUUGAAAUUAGGUCGGACGUGGAGCAGGUUCGAGCCAAUCGGUCAUAUAAUUACAGAGUGGUCAUGAUUAAAAACGGUGUCCCCGUUGAUAUGCGUGGAAGGUGUAGUGCCGGUCAAAAGAAUCUCGCAUCGAUCUUGAUUCGCCUGGCAUUGGCCGAAACCUUCUGCCUCAAUUGCGGAGUCUUUGUUCUUGAUGAGCCCACCACUAAUCUUGACGACGAGCACAUCUUAAACCUGGCGUCAAGCUUGCGACACAUACUCGAGUCCCGAAGGCGACAAAGAAAUUUUCAACUGAUUGUCAUCACUCAUGAUCAAAAUUUUUCGAGGAUGCUUGGCGAAUCGGAGUUUUCAGAUAAAUACAUUCGUGUGAUGAAAAAUGAGGAGGGAUAUAGUACAGCUGAGGACUUCAUGGAGGAGACUAUUAUUCUUUAUUCUCCUGAUUACGAGAAGGAUCAAUAUAAAUUAAUCGAACUUCCACCAGAGGUCGCAAAAAUGUAUGAUGACGCGCUAGUUCAAGAGGCAACAGCCGAAUUGCCAAGUUUGUGCAUAAAGGCAACGUCGCUUGACGGAGAGCCAGUGUUGUGUACGAGAAAUAAGACUUUCGUUAUGCGCAAACAACACUAUAGCGAUUCCCUACUUAUACUAGCGCCGUCUGUUCCUGAUAUCGACAAGAGUAAGGACUCAUCACAUCCCCAGCAUGCCAAUGAGAACGAGGACAGUAUGGAUGUGGAUGAAGAUAAUGAAGAUGGUAUGGGUGGUAUCGACCGAAUUCCGAUAAAAGACAAUCCCUCAAGUUCUCGCGGACUAGAGGUUAUCGAUACGUUGGGUUAUUUGUGCGAAUUGACGUUGAGUGCGCCAAAGAUUGAGCAACUGGAUGAAUUGUUAAGUACGACUCCAUAUAAAGGACAGGAACACGAGAUGAAAUAUAUUACGGUGAGCGUGGACGUUGUCGAUUCGUUUGACGAGCUCUUGGAUAAGAUGAAGUUCUAUACAUUCGAAGAAUUAGAGGAUGUCGUACAGGCCAGUGUAGAAGAAUUGAGGCAUUCUCUCGGAAAAAGAUAUGCACUAGAGAUUGAAGGGCAUUGGCGAUACAUUGACUCGGAAUAUAUGGGCGAGGUCGCGAAAUCAUGCAUAAUGUUUGCUGACGUUUACGACAUAGAUAUUGAUCACGUGUCACUGAAGGAGUUAUGUGAUAUCGGCAAGCAGUAUGGUUUUCCUGAAUUCAUUGUCGAACAUGUUUUCACGUGUUUGUCGGAAUCGAUCGAUCAUACAAAUGAGUCUGGACCAAUCUUUAAGUUGUCGAAAGAGAGGAUUGUUCGAUUUUUUGGAAUCCAGCUAUUGAAGAAGAAUGAGAAAAAUGAAGUGAAUUCGACCUUCGCCGAAUUUCUUAGCGAAUGGCGUAAGGAAAUUCCGAUCGAACAUCCAGUUUCCUUCGAGUUGAUUAGUGUAGGUUGA